AUGGGCAAAAACCGAGGCAAAGGACGAUGAACGCUAGCUGAGCACCAACGUUAUAAAGAAGCUUAUAAAUCUUGCAAAACCUGAAAAGAAAUUUCAACGAAGGUAGGCACCAGAACUCCUGAGCAAUGUUUAUCGCACCAUCAAAAGAUGAGAUUAAAGAGAAGUAAGGAAUCACCCCAACAGUAAAUUUUAUAUUAGAAAAGAUGCGAGCACGCAAUAUGAUAUAGAUACAAACUCUGCCAGUGAGCUAUGCUCGACAUUAGAAGAAUGUCGAUUUUUGAUGCCAUCAGCCUCAACUGAUAUCCCAGUUGAUCCUUCAAUAUUUGAUAGCGAUUCUAUUUUGAAUGAGCCAUAG